UUCGCGUUGGGCUGCGUGUCAGUGGACAGGAAUGGAGGUGGAUAGGAUUGCAGCUGUAAUGAUGGGCUCCCGUUGCAGGUGAAAAAAAAAGAAGAAGAAGAAGAAGAAGAAGAGGAAAAAAGAUGCAAACCUGCUUCCGUGACUGUGCCAGAGGAGUCCGCGCGCCGCCUUCGACGACCUGAUGAGUUUGUGUUAGGAACAUGGGAUCAGUAUUGGGCGUCAAUGGGAACAGCAUUUUGGCUCUGAUGACCCGUUCGAGUGCUUCGUGGUGCUGUGUGUCCUGACCACCCUCUUGCUGCGGACACACCCACCCACACACACACACCCACACACACACACACACACACGCACACACAUCUCUUCUCCUGCCUUUUGACUUCAUGAAGAUUCGCCUCAUUGGUGAUGUGAUGAAUAAAUUUGAGGUCCUUGGGAUUGUAGGAGAAGGAGCCUAUGGGGUGGUUCUAAAAUGCAGGCACAAGGAGACCAAAGAGCUUGUGGCCAUAAAGAAGUUUAAGGACAGUGAAGAGAAUGAAGAGGUGAAGGAGACGACUCUGCGGGAGCUGAAGAUGCUCCGCACGCUGAAGCAGGAGAACAUCGUGGAGCUGAAGGAGGCGUUCCGGCGCAGAGGGAAACUCUACCUGGUGUUCGAAUAUGUGGAGAAGAACAUGCUGGAGCUGCUGGAGGAAAUGCCCAAUGGCGCGCCACCCGAUAAAGUCCGCAACUACAUUUAUCAGCUGAUUAAAGCGAUCCACUGGUGCCAUAAGAACGAGAUUGUACACAGAGACAUCAAGCCUGAAAAUCUUCUCAUCAGCUCCAAUGACAUCCUCAAACUGUGUGAUUUUGGCUUUGCCCGGAAUCUUUCAGAAGGCAGCGAUGCCAACUACACAGAGUACGUGGCCACCAGGUGGUACAGAUCUCCUGAGCUUCUUCUCGGAGCUCCGUAUGGAAAGGCCGUGGAUAUGUGGUCAGUGGGAUGUAUUCUGGGCGAGCUGAGCGAUGGACAGCCUUUAUUUCCGGGAGAAAGUGAGAUUGAUCAGCUCUUCACCAUCCAGAAAGUGCUGGGGCCACUGCCGCCUGAGCAGAUGAAGCUGUUCUACAGCAACCCUCGCUUCGCUGGUCUCCGGUUCCCUACAGUCAGUCAUCCUCAGACCCUGGAGAGGAGAUACUUAGGCAUCAUUAAUGGACUCAUGCUGGAUCUUAUGAAGAACCUGCUGCUGUUGAACCCAUCGGAGCGCUUUCUGACAGAGCAGUGUUUGAACCACCUCGUGUUCCAGGCGCUGCGAGCGAUGGAGCGACCUGCGCCUCCCUCUCCUACCCCGCCUCGCUCCUCCAAGAGGAAACCGUACCACGGGGACAACACCAUCCCCAGCCGCAGUAAGAGCUCUAGUCAUCGUCGCUCCAACAGCAAAGACUGCUCGUCGUUGCCGCGGCAUGAGGACUUGCGCCGGAGCACAGAAGGCUUCCUGAAUGGUGGUGGAGGGCCCGUGGCAGCUAGCUUGAGCCCUACACUGCAUCCCAAGAGCUACCAGAGCCAGACGCUGAGCCGCUCCAUCUCUUGCAGCAAAGAGCUGGCCAACAACAAUCUGCCCCAUCUCUUGAGCCCCAAGGAUGCCAAGGGUAAAACCGAGUUUGACUUCACUCUGGGGCCCAAAACCACUGGUGGGGUGGACGUUUCCACUGGCAAGUACCUCAAAUCAUCCAAACAAAACCGCCAGCCAUCAUCAUCUUUUCUGGAGGGCAAAACAAGCACUCUGCAGUCUGGCGACAAGCACGGGCGUCAUGGCUACAUGGAGAGCUCACAUGGCUCUAUGCCCUCGUCAUCAUCCUCCAAGAGCAACUCAUCUUUCCUCGGCCUGUCCAAAAGCCAUGGCACACUGAGUGACGCCAAGUCUGUUGGAAACCUGACCGAGCCCCGCCUUCACCUAGAGGAGACUGUGCCCAGUUCUAGCUCUGGUUCCCGGUACUUCCCGACUAGCUGUUUGGACUUGAACGCUGCCCCCGCCAGCCCCCGAACAGAGCGGCACUCUGGCUCAGAUCGCCAAGGCCAUAGCCCAGCAGGGCGCACCAACCCUCGCAUGGAGGGUGGUACCCUGGACUCGCACCACUCCUCGGGCCGCAAAAAAACACCCGAGGAAGCCAAAGUGCCAGAUGCUCUGGAUCCAGCCAUGGUGGCUGGAGCAGCAGGUGUGCACAGUCACACACUUUCUGCCCCCCAUGAGUCCUUCCCUUGCGGCCUGGGCUACACCAGCCCCUUCUCGUCUCAGCAGCGCCCCCACAGGCACUCUAUGUAUGUGCGACGUGAGCGCCACAGGACCCACGGUCAGGAAGCUGGGCUGGUAGUGGGCCAGGGUGUGCCAACACGUGCCAGCAGCCUACAGCUGCUCUCCCCUCAGCUGCCUCACCGCACAUUACCACGCCACCCAACCAGCUCCUCCAGAGAGGAGAUCAGCCAGGACCUCAGCAGGAAUGAACAGUCUCCAAAAGAGAAGCCUCACUCUCAUGGCCCAAUUAAGGACUCAACAAGGGACAACACUUCUUCCUUCCACUCACAGCGUGCCAAAAAUGAGGUCGGGAUGUACCACGAUCCACAUAUGGAAGAUGGAACCUCAUCCAAGGAGAACCGGAUCAUCUAUAGUGACUCUAUGCCUCGCAGAGUGGGCAGCUUUUACAGAGUCCCUUCUCCACGACCAGACAAUUCCUUCCAUGACAGUGCGGCUCAGAGCAGAGUUCCACCCGUAUCAGCGGACAGCGCUGCCAUGGCCAACCACUCCAAACGCCAGACGAACUUUGACCCCUGGAAUAACUCGGAGGCGAUGGCUAUGAACCCACCGGAGAUUCCGAAACAGAAGGAAAAACAGGGAUUCUUUAGAGCAAUAAAGAAGAAAAAGAAGAAGUCACAACCAACGGAGGGCUGCGAGGGAAGGAACCCGAGCAUCAAGAAAAGCCUUUUCCCUCUCUUUAACUCAAAGAAUAGCUUAAAGCAUAACUCCUCUGUGCUUCCUGUCCUUGCUCAGCCCAUGGUUGCAGCUGAAGGCCAGCAGGACCAGCUGGUACUCCAGAGACCGGUCAAAUCCUCGUCCCACCACAGCAGCCGUCACCGGAACCGGGACAGAGAACGAGACAGAGACAGGGACCGGGAAAGGGAUAGGAACCGAGAGCGAGGGCGUGAUCGAGAAAGAGAGAGAGACAACACCUGGCCUAUAGAGAAGCAUACAAAUGUGCAACCUCAGAACCAACCUCUUAGGUCUCUGCGUAAGUUGCUGCACCUCUCCUCUCCGCCCUCAUCCUCUACAGCAGCUAGCCAGCCUCCACCUCCUCCUCCUCCUCCUCCAGAUCGCUCCUCUGAAGUCCGCUUCCAGCCACUUGCCAACCCGGCACCCAAAGCAGCACCCCCGGCCAUGCCUGAAGCACGGGCCAUUCCAGUGGGCAGCAUCACUCCUAACACCAAGAGCCGUAAGCCCCACAACUACCCUCUUCCAGGGCAGAUAGAGUCGGCCUGGCAUGCCACGGCUCCCUAUCCUGACCAAAUGGCCAGUAAAGCUGGGCAAAAUGGCAUCGGGUUCGCCAGGGCUGCCCGUCCUCGGAUGCCAAACCUCAAUGACCUGAAAGAAACCGCUUUGUAGGGGCAGACGUGUCUUCUUUCUCUCUUUUGACUAUUCGGGGGUAACUGCAAAACCAAUAUCACUUCCGCACUUAACGACACCUCUAGCCAGAAGGUGGCGCUAGUCAUGUCUCGAGUUUGUUUUUUAAAAAUCAUCCACAUCCUUUGAUAGAAUUUGUAUUAUUGUUAAUGGGUUCAGUUUUCAGUUAUUGACAUUGAUGAAGUAUCUAAGUAUUUGUAUAAGGAAAUUUAUCAGAUGGGGGGUAAAUUAACCGUGGAAUAGUAAGAGCUUUAGUUUAUACACCAGAGAAUGUAUAAAUAUUUAUUGUGUAAUAAUUCUAUAUUUCAUGGAGAUUAUUUAAUUAAUUAUGAGUGUCUUAAUAUUUAAUAUUUACAUUGUACAGAGUGCAUUUUAUUGUUGUAACAAAUGGUACAUAUUAUUAUUAUGAUUAUUAUUAUUAUUAUUAUUGAACAGUUUGUUCUGUUAUGAAUCCUCUAUUCUGCGAGAUCUAUGAGAUCUAACUGCCCAUUAACACAGAAGCUACACUGUCAGAGGCUAGUGAUCACAUGAUCUCCAGCUAUACAAUGGCAGGUUUUUUUUUUUGCUUGUUUUUACUUUUGUUUUUUUUUUCCAUUUUUUUUUUUAUAUCUCUCUCUUUGUGACAGCAUUUCAGAUGUCACCGUAAACUAAAAUCUGAACUGUAAAGCCAAACCCAGUCUGAAUGGCUGAAAAGAUGGAUGGUAUGCCACAGUAGAAGCAGUCAGUGAUUAGUUCAGCAGGGUUUGCGUCAGUACUGAAUGUCUGACGAUCACCUCUGCACAUCAUCAGGUUUGUGUUCCAAAACUGGUUUUAAUGUUCCCUCAUUGACUUGCCUGUGUCAUCUCCCCAUUGGGAGAAUCAGCACUCGUUCAAGAGAGUUCAAGCUGUUUAUGAGUAUACGUAUGAGCAAUAAGUUAUAUAUGAAGUAGUCUCGCAAGCCAGAUGAGGGAGUCUGAUAGAGUUCGUCGAUAAAGAUGGCCAAAAUACGCCUACUUUGACAGAAAGAAGCCAUUGACAUCGAUUAAUAACUGACCUUUUCUUUCUGUAGCCUUGCAGGACUCUUGUUUACUCACCACUAACUGCGUCAGACAAAUCUCUCCUAAACAAGUUUUAAAUACUGGAUUCUGUCAACUUUUUUUCAAUCCGGUGACUAUAUUUUGCUCUGAAAAGCCAAUUUGUCACUGUUCAAAAGUAUGUACAUAUACGCAAACGUACACAAAGCCAAUCAGACUGCAGCCUUCAAGAUUCUGAAGCUCGUGGCCAGAAAAGUGUACAAAAGAUAUCAGCCCAUGGGCCGUAGGUGACACAUUCGAGGGUGAGAUUAGAGAGAUUAGAGUGCUGCUGAGUUGUGGAUUCUGAUUAGUUGGAAGGUGUAUAUGCUGUACAUUUCUAUAACAGCACCUUACACAAGGAAUUGUAUGGUUGAUGUGCAACAUAAAUGGAUUUUAAAAAUACGGAUGUUCCGUAUCAUUAAAUGUAAUUAUAAAGAGCUAAAAAAGUAUGAUGUUAUAGGAAAUAAUCAGCUUUCUAUCAGGCCACAUCACAUCCUCGUGUAAUAUUUGAUUUGUAGUGUGUAACUUGUCCACUGUACACGAGAGGUGGUGUCAUUUAUGUUACUUUACACUUGUAGAUCUCUUUUUUUUUUUUAAUAUCAGUCAACGGAAAUUGACUGUGCAACUCGCCAAGGAAAACUACAUUAUAUUUGUUACAAAGAGCAAAUGUGUUCAUACUCAGCGAUCCAUGAGCCAUUACACCUUCUCCUUAAGCUACAAGUGAUCAUUUGUGUAACAGAGGCGACAUGCUCUACUGAGCCAUGAGUGGAAGUCAAUGAGGGUGUGUUAACAGUAAUGGAAUAUUUUCUGGAUAUAGACUUUAUAGUACAUUUCAGAAGUAAUAGAAUAUGGGUGUGAAUUAUUAUUAUUAUUAUUAUUAUUAUUAUUAUUUUGGAAGAAUCGAAGCACAGUUUUGUUAAAAAAACAAAUAAUGUAAUGUCUAUGAACAAGACUUUGAGAUACAGAGAUAGUUUACGUAAUACUCAAAGCAUAUGUAAUAUUGAAUUGCUGUAUACGGCUUAGAGAUGAUCCUAUAUCAUAUAUACAGUGUAUAUAAAAUUGAGAAUAUGAACGAAAAGAAUGAAUGUCGAGAGAUGACUGAAGUCUAUCAUUGUGAAAAAGGAGCAAUAUCAAAGUUUAGAUAAAUAUUUUACUCCUUUAAAUCUAUUUAAUGACGACGAUCAAAGGUUCUAUUCCACAUACAGUAGUUUAUUACCAGAACCCAGAAAGAAAUUGAAAGAGAUAUUUAACUGAGAGUUUAAACAUUUUAUUGAACUGCUUAUUUUUGUGUUAUUUAUAGUACACUUUUUUUUUUCCUUUUUUAAGUAUUGUUUACCUAAUGGUGCACUUUAAAGCUGUAUUUCUCACAAGUGUUUUGUGCCCAUAUGGUGUUUUAUAUAAAUGGCAAAAAAAACGAAACUUUUUUUCGAGUGUAACCUUGUAUCAUGACCACUUUCUAGAGAGCUGAACUGAAUGUAGAUUUGUUUUCUGACAAAUUGUGUGUCAUUGGGCAACUUUACAAUCAUGUGCAACAUUAAAACCUACAGUGAGGAUUUUGCACAUUUAAAUCACUUGUUUUUGUUUUACUAUUUUUUAAUUAUUUCAUUCAUUGUUAUUUAUAAUCUGUUAUUCAGGUGACAUCAUGUCAUUGUCGUCACGUCAUCACAUUAUUUUCCCAAUAUAGAGAUAGUAGUCACUGAUAUUGAGAUAUUAUACAGAUAGUUCAGCAGAAUUUGUUCUCAGGCGUCUAACCCCAAGUUUGAAAUUGAAACUAGGCUUGUUAUUGUUCCUCUUGGGUCAAAUCAGAAAUUGUUUAAAUCGUUUGUUUUCCAGCCGCCAUGUAAUAACAAGCUUCUGAUUCCUUACGAGGGAUGAAUUCCUAUGAAGGUCAAAUGAAGGUCACUUUUCACAUAUUA